AUGGGCAGCUCGCAUAGCAAGUCUUACAACCUCCCAGAGGAUGUACGGAAACCAACCGUAGGGACUACCAGUUUGUCAGCAGACAAGCCAUCAACUGAAAAACGCCACCAUCACGGUUUUGAUGCAGACCGAGAUGCCAAGAAAAUACACAGCGCCUGCAAAGGAGCAGGAACUGAUGAAAAAAAAAUUAUCGAAGUCUUGUCAAGCCGAACAGCGGAGCAGAGACAACAAAUAAAACAGAAGUACAAUGCUCUGUAUGGCAAGGAUUUGGAAGAGGUGCUGAAGGGAGACCUGAGUGGCAAUUUCGAGAAGGCUGUGCUGGCUCUGCUGGACCUUCCCUGCGAGUACGAGGCACGGGAGCUUCGGAAGGCGAUGAAGGGUGCUGGGACGGACGAGUCGCUGCUGAUUGAGAUUCUCUGCACGCGAAACAACAAGGAAAUCAUAAACAUAAAGGAGGCGUACAAGCGGCUCUUUGAUCAGGAUCUAGAGUCUGAUGUGAAAAGUGACACAAGUGGCUCCCUGAGGAAGAUACUGGUCACUGUGCUGGAGGCAACCCGAGAUGAGAACCAACAGGUCAACACAGAGCUCGCUGAGCAAGAUGCCACAGAUCUGUAUAAAGCAGGAGAAGGCCGCUGGGGAACAGAGGAGCUGGCUUUCAAUGUGGUCUUAGCAAAGAGAAGCUACAGUCAGCUGAGAGCAACCUUUCAAGCCUAUGAAAAGGUGUGUGGGAAAGACAUAGAAGAAUCCAUUAAAAGUGAAACAUCUGGAGAUCUGGAGAAGGCUUACCUCACUCUUGUCAGCUGCGCCAAAGACUGCCCAGGUUACUUUGCUACACUUCUGCACAAGUCAAUGAAGGGAGCUGGGACUGACGAAGAGACCUUAAUUCGCGUCCUUGUGACCAGGGCCGAGACCGACCUGCCAGAAAUAAAGGGGAAGUUCCAGCAAAUGUACAAGAAGUCGUUAACUGAAGCUGUCCGUUCUGAUACCUCUGGAGAUUUCAGAAAGUUGCUGCUGGCUAUUUUGCACUAA